GUGGCCUCUUCCCCCUUGAAUUCUUGAUAAGGAAAUUUUGGACCAAUUCAUAGCAAGCAACAACAAGACUGCACAAAAUCUGGCAAAUGGAUCGAGGAGAGAAGAAACCCAAUGAACCACUUGCUCUGCCUCUCUCUCUCUCUCUCUCUCUCUCUUUAUGCCCUGUUUCCGGCCGUCCAAAUUCCGGCAGCGUUCUAAUCAAUCUUCUUGUUUACCAUUUCCAGCCAUGCGCCAGUUCGAACCUUCCCAAAUCCCAAAGACCCUUAUCUACAUAAUAAUAUUCGAUCAAAUCAAUACAGUUGACUUCUUCCCUCUCCCCCCCUGCAAAUUAAAACCCUUCCCCUGCUUUUUCUUCUUCACUAUCCUCGCAAAAAUUCCUCCGAACCACCAUUCCAAAUGUCAAUCCUUCCCCUCUCCUUCUCCUUCUCCUUCUCCCUCUUCCUAAUACUCUUCCCCUCCGUCUGCCUCGCCGAUAUCGGCACCGCCGCGUGGUACGCCCCGCCGUAUUCCCCGACGGCGUGUUCCGGCAGCGACGCGUCGCAGUUCCCGUCGAGCUCCCUGUUCGCGGCGGCAGGGGAAGGGAUAUGGGACAAUGGGGCGGCCUGCGGGAGGCAGUACAAGCUGCGGUGUCUCAGUGCGGUGGCGGCCGGAUCGUGCAAGCCCGACGAGACGAUUGAAGUCAAGAUCGUGGAUUACGGCCGGAGCUUGGUGUCUCCCCGGUCGGCGGCGGGGACCACCAUCGUGCUGUCGCAGACGGCGUUCGAGGCCGUCGCGAAUUGGACCGCUAGCCGGAGUAUCAACAUUGAGAUCCAACAGGGUCUGAAUUAUGAAGAACAGUGAUGGAGAUGGAGUGGGUCUACUGACUUUCCUCGAGGAUUCCGAAAUCGCGGAAAAGGAAACCAUGUCUGUCCUGGAUUGUAAUGGGCGAUAACUAUGAGGAAAGUUUAGACCACAAUUGAGAAAUCCAUUAGCAUCAGCUUUCUUGGAUAUGAAAUUCUUUCAUUUGGUGUAUAGCUAACAAUUCCAAAUCAAUAAGACAAAUUACUUUUUUGGCAUGGAGUAGAAUUGCAUGUCAUGUCAUGUCAUGAACGAGUUAGUCCCAAUAAGUCGAGUUGUUUGGAUAAGGUUAUGCGGGAUCUUAUAUUAUAUUCUAAC